GCGCGUCAUCGGCUUUGCAUUAAUUGCCUGCUUAAGAAACCUUAACCUCAUCAUCCAAGUAAAACCGACUGGUUAAAACCUACUCUCUAUCAAGGUAUGGCAUCAUUUGGCGAGGAAACCAAGACAUCUCCCGAUGCCGAACAUGUAGAACGAAAGUGUGGACUUGAUAUGAGCUACGUCAAGUCAAUAAAUGGAAUUUUGAAAGCUAAACAGAUUGGCUGGUCCUUGUUGGCCUUCACAUUGGCUUGUAUAGAGGGAAGUGGCAUAUCCAUCGUCUUCUUCAUCAUUGCCACUUUGUGCGGCUGGACCACAACAUUCGUCAUUUGGUUCAUGUUUUCCUCUCACACGUAUAAGAAAGUUACAAGAAUCAACUGGUUCUUAGCGGAUCUGGUCGUAAGUCUGGCAGCUUGUGUGCUAUAUGUUUGUAUCGGUAUUCCAGUCAUUAUCAGCCCGUUUUGUCCACUUUGCAUAGCAGCUGCGGUGUUUGGAUUUAUCGCAGUGGCGAGCUAUGGGCUUGGGCUCUGGUAUUCUUUCAAGAGGUGGAGGGAGAGAGUUAAGAAACGACAGAGCUCGGACAAGCCAGUACGCGGUCAGCUACUGAUCAUCACCGGUCAGCUAUUGACCGUCGCCACUGAAGAUUCCAAGGUCCAGCCAGUCGUAUCUCCAGUUCUCCACCUAAAGAGUGACGUCGUGGUAAACAAAAUGUUAGUCAAAAAAGGUUAUUAUACGGUUAGAAGCCCUGAAUGCCUUUGAAAGAUCACCGCACACUUCAUAACCAGACUAUAAGUAUUUUUACAUGAGAAAGAAUUGUAUUAGGAGUAGAUUCUUCCUUUUUAAAGUAUUUUAUUAUUGUAUGUAUAGCAGAUGAAAAUGCAGGGUAUACUAUAGACUGUCCUAUAGACUGGUUUACUAAUUCAUUCAAAUUGUUUGCAUACUUUUCAAACAAAAGUUGUUCAUUACAACCUGAAUGCUUGCCUGACAUAGCAACAAAUAACGUAUGCGGACUGGAUUCCAAGUAUUGUAGUUCAUUCAUUAAUAACAGGUUAAUGGAAUACCUCGUCACUAGGUCCCCAGGAAAGAAACAUUUAUAAAUUUGAACAUGUUAGUAAAGCGGUCUAUUGAGUUGCAGUUGGUUGUCUGUCAUGUGACUUGAAUGAUGUCACCUAGAUUUACUGCCCAUUGUGCAUUUUUCCCAGACUUGGAGGCUAAAAACAUCCAAAAUCUCAACAUUGCUAUUCAUAUGACUAUUUGCCUAAUGCAAAGAUUUAGAAAGAAUCUACAUUUUGAAAUAUUCACAUCUCAAUCUAAUACUACAGCAAUUUCUACCCGAAUGAUGUUGCGGUUGGUUUGUAAAUUGUGCGGUGGUCUUAAUGUCAAAACCAACA